GGUCGGGUUCCCGCUCGCCGCUGCCGCCGCCGCCGCCGCCGCCCCGUCCCCCGCCGUGACUCUCCCGCCUCUCCCGCCGCGCGGGCCGCGGGAGAGCUGCAUCGUUAACUCUACUCGGUAGCGGAGCCGCCGGCCAGGGUGCACAGAGCCCGAGACGCGAAACGCCGAGCCCCCCAUUACCUCCAGCCGGGGCGACCCCUCCCGGGUUCGCCCUCGCCCUGCGCCGCCGCCGGAGCCCCCAAUUUUGAGCGGGGCCGCCGCCAGGCGCCAGUUUCCCGGCCCCUGCACUCCCGCAGCCGCCGCCCCCCACCCUGAACAUGGAUUCCGACUCUUGCGCCGCUGCCUUCCACCCGGAGGAGUACUCCCCCAGUUACAAGAGGCGCAGGACCGUGGAGGAUUUCAACAAAUUCUGCACCUUUGUCUUGGCCUAUGCUGGCUACAUCCCUUAUCCGAAGGAGGAACUCCCUUUGAGGAGCAGCCCCAGCCCUGCCAACAGCACCGCUGGUACCACUGACAGCGAUGGCUGGGAUGCUGGUUUCUCCGACAUGUCGCCUGCAGUGCCCUUGCCAGUCUCUGACCGAUGCUUUGGCCCCCUGCAGCCUACCCUCCUGCAGCGAGCCAAGCCCAGCAACUUCCUGCUGGACCGAAAGAAGACCGACAAGCUGAAGAAGAAGAAAAAGAGGAAGCGAAGGGACAGUGAUGUCCCUGGGAAGGAGGGGUACGUGGGAAGCUUGCUGAAGUUGGAAGCCACUGAUCCGUACGUGGAGACCCCCACGAGUCCCACCCUGCAGGAUGUCCCCCAGGCUCCUGGUGAUGCCUGCUCGGGCUGGGACUCCGAUACUCCUUCCAGUGGUUCUUGUACCAUGGUGUCACCUGAUCAGGUCAAAGAAAUAAAAACUGAAGGCAAACGGACUAUCGUCCGGCAGGGAAAGCAGGUGGUGUUCCGGGACGAAGACAGCACGGGCAACGAUGAGGACAUCAUGGUGGAUUCAGAUGACGACUCCUGGGACCUUGUCACUUGCUUCUGCAUGAAGCCAUUCGCCGGCCGCCCCAUGAUAGAGUGUAAUGAGUGCCAUACCUGGAUUCACCUGUCCUGUGCGAAAAUCCGGAAAUCCAACGUUCCAGAAGUGUUCGUCUGUCAAAAGUGCCGGGACUCCAAGUUUGACAUCCGCCGUUCCAACCGUUCCCGAAUGGGCUCCCGAAAGCUAUUUCUGGACUGAUUGCUGGUGCGCAAGGAGACCGUGGGCGAGGAAUCGGAAGGGACGUUGGGCUUUUUGGCCCCUCUCUCAGUUGAGCACAGAACUCUCAGCUCUGGUGCAGGCAGACCCCUGCCAUUAGGUGCCUAAGCCAAAGGACAGGCUGUCCAAGGUUAAAGUGUACAUAGCCAGUGACUGAAUAAAAUCCUCGUUGGCCAAAGCUGCUGCUAGAGCUGAGUUCUCUGCAGCGGAGGUGGGCUGAUCACCCAAGUACCGUGGGCUUGGUUCAGCUGAAAAUGAGGGUACGUGGUACUUGUGAAUUCUUGCUAUCGUUGUUAACAAACUCCCGCCGAUUGGAACAAAUGCUAGCUGUCACUCCCGCUCCUGCUGUGCUGGGGAGAAGAGACUUUCCGUUUCCCCAGCCUGUCAAUGAGCAGCCAUACGUGUAAGCGUUUUCUUGAUUGUAAGUCUUUUCCUGUAAAUGUCUGUAUAGCACCCAUCAAAGCUGCCCUUCUUUAGUGGUCUGACCUCCCUGCCUUGGGGACUGCCUACCAGAGUCUCUGGGUCCACUCAGAGAGGAGCCCUGGGGCUGUGGGCUCCUGUUUAUUAAAAGGGACAGUAUGUGUCUGCUUCUCUGUGGUAAGGGUGUUAGUUAGGGGUUGAGGUGGCCUAUGUUCAUAACUCAGUUUCCUGUUUUGCACGAUGUAGAAAACCCGUCUUUUUGCACGAUACAGCCAAAAGUAUUGGCAGAUUCUGCCUGGGUGCCCUUUCUCAUUAAUUGGUGUGUGAGGUCCUGGGGCUACCCAGUCUAGCUGUUUUCGGACGAGAGGGCACUUGGGUUCUCUCCUCUCUUCCUCGCCCCUAUUGCAGUAGCAUCAGUAUGGUUAGGCAGUUACUGGGGAAUGCAUUCCUCUAUGUAGUGGGGGAAAGAGAAACUGGGAGGAAGCCCUCUCCCAUGCUUGAUUCUUAGUAAACCUUCAUACAGGUUGGCCUGCUGGUUCCACAGGGCAAGGUUAGGACUUGAAGCUGUUUUUUGCUUUGCUUUGGUGAGUGGUACGGUAACACUGGCCUCAAAGAAUGUACAAGAAGAUACGCCGUUGAACUAUAUUAGAACUAGGACCCUGGACUAGGGAGACCCCUGUGAAGGCCAGCUCUGGAGAAGCCAGGGAUUUUCUCAAGGGCAGUGUACCCUCGGACACUGGUGGUUCUGGGACCUGGAGGGAGAGGAUGGCUUCAGCUUUCUCCAAACUUGACAUUGUUCUUUAGCAGUUUAAAUGCUGUUCUCAAAGAUGUUGUUUUUGUAAAUCAGUAGGUGUGUUUUCAUAAACAUUGUUUCUUGUAAAGCACGAAAAUGGAAAGAAUGCCCAAGUUAGUCAUAUUUAUUAUAGCAGGAUGGAUUCCCUCGUCUCCUUGCUGGGAGCCACGUGGCACCCUUGUGUGGGACCACCAGGUGGACUCACUCUGUCCACUCUAUCCCUGAAGCACCAAGGGGUUGAACCUUAAUUGGCUAAUCAGAGCCCAUUUUUUGUCCUAGUUAUCUUUCAUGCUUGACCAGCCAACUGCCUUCUUUUGUUUUUAAUUCUGUUGCUUGUAUUAACAAAAACAAAUUGUUUCUGAAACCCAGUUCAUUGUGAAGAUCCCCAAGGUAGAAGUUCUGCUGUAGAGAAAAAUAGUAAGAAGCUGGCUUAGGAACAACCUUCUCCCCAGACAGCUGUCUCGCUCUGACAAGGGUAAGUGUCCAGGAAGUUGGAGAAGAAUUUGCCAAAGAUCUGCCCCAGGACAUUGCCUGUCCAGUGUCUUCACGGUGAGAAUAGCCAAAGUUCCAAAGCAUUUUUCUUAAGAAACUCCACAAGUUUUAAAAGUGCAUUUAAGAAUAUGUGUGAUUUUAGAGUGGAACUGCCCAUCCUGGCGAUUGCUACAUUGCUCUUAGGAGGUCUGAUGCCUGGCAACGCGUCUGGAAGGCAUCUGAUGCUCAUCUCAGUUUGUUUCCUUCAUUUCCUUUUUGUUCUAACAGCUCUGUCCCUGUGGCUGGUGUCGAGAAGUCAGGACACCUUGUUUUUUGCGGUAGAUUGAGCUGGGCAGCUGCAAUCAGCUUUAUGCAAAUUAGGCAUGGCCCAUCUCUAGGGGCUCCUGGUUGGUGGCUAAUGGAGUGAGGGGAGGGAAGAUGUCACCCCAAAGUAGGCCCCUCUCAUUGGCUUUGGCCAGGCCACUUAACAUCGUUUACAUGGUUCUGUGUAACUAUAAGGUUUAUGUGUAUAAAGCGAAGCUGUUUCUGUGAAACUGUAUAUUUUGUAAAUAUAUUGCUACUUUGAGGUUCA